AUGGAAAAAGCCGCCAGCACACUGAUAACACCUCCACACACUCUCUCCAUCCACCAACUCCCCAACCAAUUCCUCUUUCAAGCCUUGAAUCUCAGCGGAUAUUUCCCGUCGAUCCGCAACAUUUCAUUCUGGGAAUUCCCCGCGACACCGAGACACCCACCAAGCUGCGCAUCCCACCACACCUCUCAACCCCAAAACCGCGAGCUCUACAGACGCUCACCACCACUCCAAAAUGCCCUACCUACCCACCUCCCAGGCCUACCUGGAACAGUCAGCACAGUUAUUACAAGCGUACCCAGACACAGUAAGCACCCGAACCUACCUCCCAUGCCAACCCGCCAUCCGAUCUUCCACACCGCGUCCCCCACAACGGGCAACAAUGAGCACUCCCAAUCCCAAUCCCAAAUCCAAAUCCAAAUCCACCAAACUAACAACAAAUCCCAGACUCGCAUAGUAACAAAAUACUCAUUCCCCACAAAUCGACGAGGAAACAUAAUCCGCGCCCACAAAUCCCAAGUCCGAAAAGACGCCGCCAAAGCCACCGAUGCUCCAUCCACCACACCCGCACAACCACCCACCGCAAUCGCAACCCUCACGCUGAAAACAUUCAACCCAACUACCGGAAUCUGUCUGCACUACCGCACAAACAAGGCACAGGAAGUCAGUCGCCUGAUUACGAGUCUGGGAAAACUGGCUGCCGGUGCUGAUGUAGCGGGUUUGGGGUUAUCAGCUGCGGUGCCUGCUGCCGGCGCGGAUGUGGAGAUGGUUGAUGCCCCUGCUCCUGUUGAGGAGGUGACGCCGGCUGCUGGUAAGGCGCAGGGUCAGAGUCAGGGACAGAGUGCGAAGGGGAAGAAGAAGGGUGGGAAGGGGAAGCGGUAA